AUGCCCACGCUUUCUACUGCGUACCGAAACCCGGAAUGGAGUUCGCCGGGAUCAACCAGUUCGGCUGUACCGAACGGCUCUGUGACAUGGAGUGCCCAAGCUUCAACAGAGACAUUGAUCAACACUGCGAAUCAACGACCUCCUUGGCCUGUCAUUGGGGGAGCCAUUGUUGGCUCACUCACCGGGACUAUUCUUAUUGUUGUAAUACUCAUUCUCUGUUGCUGUCGAAGAGCAUCCGAUGAUACAGACACAUGGAGCCCAUCUACUAGUACCACCGGCUCACCAAAACAAGCACUCCCGUACAUAUCUCCAGCACCAGGCCAUACUCGGCGUCCUCCACGAAGACAUUCAACCUCAACACCUAAAGUAACUCGAGUGACCCAACCGCCGCCGCAACCUCCACCUCCUCCACCUCCUCCUCCACCUCCUCCUCCCUCUGCCCCAUCUCUCCUUCCAUGGUCUGGUCAAUCACCACCGCCGCCGCCGCCACCCCCCUCUGCUCCUCUUAAUCCUUCCCUACCUCUUCCACCUCCUCCACCUCCCCCUCCCCCUACAGGAUUUCCAUGGAACCCUUUCAGGUCAACUACCAAUAUAGCUACAGAUUCCCAGUCCAAGGUUCACGUUAGGCCGGAUCCUGGUUCGAGUACAGCUAAAGGGAAACAACCAGUACCGCAACCAGAACCGCAACCAGAACCGCAACCAGAACCGCAACCAGAACCGCAACCAGAACCGCAACCAGAACCGCAAUCAGAACCGCAGCCAGAACCGCAACCAGAACCGCAACCAGACGGCAAUACCUUGGGUUCAUCUCAAACAGCUCAGGGCCACGGAGUUUCACAAACACCCGAACAGAUCGAGCACCCGGGUCCUGCACAGGAUUCUCAGAAGAAACCACAUAAUGAUUCUCAAGGCGUGGUACCUAACGAUCUUCAAGAUGCAGCACUCGAUAACUCUCAAGGUGAGCCACCUGAUGACUCUCAAGGAAAGCCGCCUGAUGAUUCUCAAGGGAAGCCGCCUGAUGAUUCUCAAGGGAAGCCACCUGAUGAUUCUGAAGGCGCGGCGCCUAAUGGCGUUCAGGAUACGACACUCAAUGAUCAUCAUCCGGCUCAGUCAGAAUCACCGCAACCGCAGACCAAACCUCCUAAAACAUCAAGUAGCAAACAACGUCCGCCAUCACAACCAAGUGUAAUUCAACUCGCUAGGAAAUACAACAAUCAACCACCAUACCAAUCAAUAGCCAGCACACAUGUCAUGCAGCCGCAGAAUCCCAACUCAUACUCUAGUUAUCAGUACCCCCAAAUACCCGGAAAUUCUGCGCCAGUGAACCACACGCCUGCUACGAGCAUACACCCUAGCAGUCCACCACCACUGCGGCGAGCAUCAACCAUACAGAUUCCUUCGGUAUACAGUACUAAUAAUGCAUAUGGCCAGCCUCCACCUCAACCGGCUCCAGCAGCACACUUACAUAACGCACAUUCUUCAUCUGCACCUUUUACUAUUCAAGGAGGCUCAAAUCCACGACUGCCACCACCCCGAGCUAACACCAUUCAAAUUCCAUCUACGCAACAUCAAGUUCGCUAUCAGCAGCCAAUUCACCCCGGAACCGGUCAGGGAUUAGACGCGCAUACUGAAUUCCAAAUUCACCAUCUGCCUGAAGAGUAUGGAGAUGGUCCACCGAUAAUUUCGCAUGCACCACGACGCCGUGAAACGUUCACACCUGGUGCAAAGAUACUGCCCCAGAAGAAACUGCGCAUUGGCCAGACCAAAAUAAAGAUAAUCCCUCCAAUUUCCAGUAUUCCAGGAGGGAAAGGCUGGGGAGCUAAAGGCCUAAUCGUACCAGCAGCCAAAAAAACAAAACCCGCAAGACGUCACGCAAUGUCUGCAGACUCAACUUCAUCGCAAUCAACCGGUUCCGUCGUUGGCGCUGUUCCUCCACAGGCAUAUCAGUAG